GGGGGAAGUGUUUCAGCGACGUACUGUUACCGGGAUAUCUUAAAAUAUACCGUUUUUAGUUCGCAGCAAAAGGAAACAACAUUCGCGUCGUGUAAAUCUUUUCAUCUGCCUUUUCAGUAUGGCCGAAACCACGGAAACCCAGCAGAGCUACGAGGAGUUGUUUGCCGACAGAUUUUCAUCGGACGACAAAGAAUACCAGCAGUAUGUGAACCGUCCAGCUGACCUCCCACCCAUCGUCGAGGACUGGAGGAGUCGUGGAGGUGGAAACCACAGAGGCAGAGACAGGUACCAGGACCGUCGGGGUCGUGGAUGGGGAGGAGGAGGCCGAGGUGGUUGGGGAGGGGACAAUCGUGGGCAGCAAAACUGGCAUGACAGAGACAGAGACAGAGACAGAGACAGAGACAGAGACAGGCACUCAGGGCAUGGAAGUGGGCAUCAAUCAGGCCCUCCAAGCUCCAACCAGGGAUACAACUCCCAUCAUCAGAGACCACAUUAUGACCGCUACUGAUCUUGAAUCGCUCUGGUUUUGUCAGCAUUUAUAGUAUUCAUAGUCUUACAACUUGCAUUGCAAUACAAUGUGGCAAUAUACAACUGUUUUUUUUUUGUGUACUUGUGACUCAUUGCCACAGUCUCAUAUGUAGAGCCGAGCAAUAUAUCAAUAUUAAUAACAUACUGUCCGUCAUUGUAAUUGUAUGGAACCUUUUUUUAUAUUGUGACAGUUGUAUUGUCUUAAUUAAAAAUACGUAGUUAGAUUUUCCCCAGAAUAUUUUCUGAAAUGUGACGGCAGAAAGUUACAGAUUCUAUUUGACUUCCACUUAACUUUUCCAUACCCAAACAGUCAUGUUUCCCCCAUACUGCUUGAUAUUGCUCAGCACUGUAAUCACAAUACAUUUUGGAAUAAUAAUGAGUUGAUAGUUCUCAUUGAAAAAACACACAUUUCUCUUUUAGUAUUUCAGAUAUGUGGGCUGUUUUUAACAAUGUUUGAUUAUUACAUUAUAAGUUGGAGUUGAGAUAUUUAUGCGGCUACAUCUUUACAUGCUUUGAUAUCAGAUUGCUAUAAAUGAUACAGCACAGUAUUGUUGCAAACAGUGACUCACAAUUUCCAGAGGAAAUCAUUUCGUAAUGUGACUUUAUUUUUCUGUGACUAAUCUCUGAUGUAAGAAUACUGAUAUGAAUACUGAACUGUUAACAUAAACAUGUAUUUUCUUAAUUGAGUGUUUUCUGUCUUGUAAGGUUCUCAGUUAAUUUUGACAUAA